AUGGACGAGGACGUGAAGAAAGAAGGAAACGUUUACCUUCAGCACCACCGCUUUGGAAAGAGGUGGAAGAGCAUGUGGUGCGUGCUGUUCAGGGAGAGUUCCUCAUCCAUCUCUCGCCUGGAAUUGUGGGAAAUCAAAGACGGUGGCGGCGGCGGCGGCGGCGGCGAAAAGAAGCAAAGGAGCGGGCGUAAACGCACCAAGGUGAUCCGUUUGUCCGACUUGGUCCGCGUGAGCGCCGACGUCCGCGUGGAGGCGUGUCCCGCCGACUCCGCCCCGUUCCUGCUGGAGACGGCGGAUAAGGUGGUGGUGCUGGCGGCCCGCGCCGAUCACGUGGCGCACUGGACCGCCGCGCUCUGCCAGAUGGCCUUUCCCGUGAGCUGGGAAGAACAACAAAAACAAAAGCCGGAAGAAGAAGGCAUGCGGGACAACGCUUUGUACAGCAGCGCCACCGAUGUAGGCAGUGACUUCCAGGUACGCGUGCGUCCCACUUCCUGGUCCGAGCGUUGCGGCCUGCGGGGCGACGUGGUUUUGAGAGCUUCGGCGGACGCGCUCCACCUGCUGGACGCUCGAGGCGCCACGCUGCUGAGUUGGCCCUACAGAUUCUUGCGACGCUUCGGCCGUGACAAGUCCCGCUUCUCGGUGGAGGCGGGUCGUCGUUGCGCGUCCGGCGAAGGCAACUUUGAGUUUGACACCAAAGAAGGUCACGCCCUAUUCCGAGCGGUGGAGGCGGCCAUCGGCCUCCAGCGGGCUCGGGGGACGGGCGUGAGGCGGGACCCCUCCCGCAAGGCCAACCUGCCGCCCUUGCCGCCGACGCCGCGGGGCCACCGCUCGCCGCCCUCCGCCGCCCAGGUCAGUACAUACGGUCGCGUCCCGACGCGGGCGAGUGACGGCGCGUGCGGUCCGACCCGUCAGGUAGCGACGGGAUUGGGCGACCUGGCGCUGGACGCGGACGCCGCGUAUUCGCGGGUCUCCUCGCCGACGUACGCGGACGCCGCGUACUCGCGGGUCUCCUUGCCGACGUACUCGGAAGCGACGGGAAUCCCCGGCCGGAGAGCCGAACACAUUUACGACGAGCCCCGGGCGGGAGGGUCGGCGGCCUCCGAGUACGACGCCCCGGAAGAGCUGAGGGGCGAGGCUUGGCAAGUCAUGGCCGCCCCCGACCAUCUUGGACACGGCGUCUACACGGUCCCCAAGCGAGCGGAAAAAAGCGCGCCGUGA